AAGCUAGCUCGCCUAACAGAGUGCACGAUUCAAGGUUGGAGUCGUUUUGGACUCAGGCUGGAGCAGGAGUCUGGUCAUUGUGUUGACACCACUGGCCUCUUUGAAGGGUGGUGUGGUUCGACCACUUUCUGUACUGCCACGACCAUGCCCAUGACCCCUCUUCCACACCUUAUCCAUGCAGAGCCUCCUCCCCUGCCCCCCCCAUUUCCCAGGGAGCCUCCAGUUUUAGGGGUGACAUCAGUCUCUGCUUCGCUAGCUGAGCCCACUGGUAGGCUUCCCGGGGCAGGGACUGUCCCACCAACAGCGGAGGACUCUGAGAGGACGCCCAGCAAGUCCAGCCCUCCUCUCCCAGCCCCAGCCCACACCUCCCAGCAAUUGAAUCUGAAAAAAAAAAAAAAAAAAACUAGGUUGAAAACCACUUCCUACCCUUAAGCCUCAAGUACUAGGCACAGUUUCCUGGCUAAGCAGAACAGCCCAGCGGAGCGCAGCCCCUGACCCCUGUCCAGACUUGGCAUUCGGAGCAGGGGCUGACAAGGCCACCGUCUCCUCCCACACGGCAGCCCAGAACCAGGGAAGAUGGAGGCCCACAGGGUGCUGUGGGGACUCCUCACACUCAUCGUGACAGCCAGCAGCCACACAGAGUUUUGCGAGCAGAACCCACCAGAGGUCUCCAAUGCCACGUUCCGAGCCCUGCAGUACAAGAUGGGCACCCUGGUGCUGUGUGACUGCGAGAGAGGCUUCCGAAGACAGGGAGCUGCCUUUCUGAACUGCACGGGGAAUGCCAGCCACACAUUCUGGGCCAACAGGUGCCACUGCAGAAGGAUGUUGCUCAUUUCGCCACAGUCUGAAGAAGAGAAAGAAAGAAAACCCACCGAAUCACUAAGCCAAACACAGCCCAGGGACCACCUUCCAGGUCACUGCCUGGAGCCUCCCCCGUGGGAACAUGAAAAGCCCACGCGAAGUUAUAACUUCGUGGUGGGGCAGGAGGUACUCUACCGCUGCACCCAGGGCCCUGGGGCCCCACAGGGAGGGUCAUCCUGGAGUGUCUGCAUGGUCAGCUGUGGGAAGAAGCACUGGACAAAGCCUCAGGUCAACUGCAGGAAGGACGCUCUGACUCCAGGUGAAGAACCGCCCGCAGCCAGCCCCAAAGAUCCUCCAGAGGGUGACAUCACCUGUACCCCCACCACACGCCCCACGGUCCCUACGGACACCACAGGGUCUCAAGAGCCCACAGACACGACCACCACGGCGGAGACAUUCACCUUCACCACCAAGUUCCAGAUCGCAGUGGCCAUCUGCCUCCUGCUGCUGGGUAUCCUCCUCCUGAGCGGGCUGGCGUGGCAGUGGAGAUGGAGGAACAGCAGAGGAACCAUCUAGAAAAGCAGUGUGGUGAAGUGCUGACGGGGCCGUCAGGAGGCACCUCAAGUCCAGACAUCGCCCCAGAGCAGCAGGCGACCCUCCCAGCUGGGUCCUGAAGAACCAGGAGGAACAACUUGGGGAUGAUAAAACCUCCGUGACCUGGACAGGGGACUCACUCCCCACUGCAGGGAAGGGGGACAGAGGAGAUAAGUUUCUUGCCGCCCAGAACAGCCAGGGCAAAGUCACGUAUGCCAACGCACACCCUCAUCCCCCACUACAUCAGGCCCUUGUCUCUGGCCCACGUCCGUCCUGCCCUGACUCCUAGCUAGCCAGUCCCAUCUUUGGUCAGUCCACCUCCAGACCCCUGGAUGAGUGGCUCUGCAUUCUUGGGUCCUGAGCCCCCCAAGUAUGGGACCUUCCAUUCUGAAUCUCUAAAGAUGGGGGGACCAUCCAGGAUGAGAUUUGACUUCUGCCUAUACAGCCCCCACCAUACCUCCUUGGCCUUGGGAUGCUGGAGCUCCCCUCUCUGUUUUCUCAGGAGAAGAAGGAUGGACUUGGCCCAGGUGUGGUGACACCUGCCACAGAGCUUUGCCCGGAUGUCAUCAGCAGACCUCUCUGAGAGUAUCUUUCUUGGGAUGGGGGUGUGUCGGAAGUGGGGCUCAGAAGUUGGCCCGCCCUGGUUUGAGCGCCACAGUGUGACAGUUCAAAGCAGGGGACAGACCGUUCGAGGGAGAGUCACAAAAGCCAGGGUGGAUGGGGAGACUAAGUCUACUGUCAGGUGUCCCUCUGAAAGGACAGGAAUGUGUCAUUAAAAAAAAAAAAAAGGCAUUCUGUGUGUUCUGCUUUCUCUGUCAUUGACCAAGCAAAUGUCACCCAGAGUCCCUGGGUCACCACCCCACUCCAAAACAU